GGACUUUCAGCUCAGGCCGGAACCAGGACUGCUUUCCCGGACCGAGAGCUCCUUGCUGGCCCGGGGUCGCCACCAGAUCCUCUUCCGGAUCCUUCUCCUCCGUAACCUGUUGGUUUUCUUUCGCGCUCCUUCCCACGCUCCCAUCUCCCAGCUCGGUGGUUUCCUCCCGGACUCCAGCCCCGCUGGCAAGCCGGCCAUCCUGAGCAUCCACCUGCCACCUUCCCUGCUCCUGCGCCCCCCCCCCGCCCCCCUGUAACCUCAAAUCCCUUGCUCAACAAGGCCUCCUCAGUAGACUCUGCUAAGCUUUUCUUCCUUUCCCCUUUCCCAUCUCCUGAUCCCCAAACUCCAGCUAAUCUUUGACCUCUUGACAUUUUGCCUGGCACCCUUGACUUCAGAUCUCUAAAUUCCUGCCUCCUGCAGCCUGCGCUGCCCAAACGGAGGUCUCCCCCUGAGGCCCAUUUUGACUUCCUCACCCUUGGCCAGGUACCAGCGCCACCUGCUCCCCCCACUAUGGACUUCUUGUUGAGUGGCCUGGCAGCGUGUGGAGCCUGUGUGUUCACCAACCCCCUGGAGGUGGUGAAGACCAGGAUGCAGUUGCAGGGAGAGCUGCAGGCGCCUGGCAGCUACCAGCGGCACUACCGAAACGUCUUCCAUGCCUUCAUCACCAUUGGCAAAGUUGAUGGACCGGCCGCCUUGCAAAAGGGUCUGGUCCCCGCCCUCAUUUACCAGUUCUUGAUGAACGGCAUCCGACUGGGCACAUACGGGCUGGCUGAGGCUGGGGGCUACCUGUGCACAGCAGAAGGCACCCUCAGCCCUCCCCGCAGCGCAGCAGCUGGGGCCCUGGCUGGGGUCCUGGGAGCCUACUUGGGAAGCCCCAUCUACAUGGUGAAGACACACCUACAGGCCCAGGCAGCCUCAGCAAUUGCAGUUGGACAUCAGUAUAAGCAUCAGGGCAUGUUUCAGGCGCUAACCCAGAUUGGCCAAAAACAUGGUCUGGUGGGGUUGUGGCGCGGGUCCUUGGGCGGCCUGCCCAGAGUUGUUGUUGGUUCCUCUGCCCAGCUGUGCACCUUCUCCUCUACCAAGGACCUCAUCAGCCAAUGGGAGGUGUUUCCUUCCCAGAGCUGGAAGGUGGCUCUGGUUGCAGCUAUGGUGAGUGGCAUUGUGGUGGUCCUGGCCAUGACACCCUUUGACGUGGCCAGUACAAGACUCUACAACCAGCCCACAGACGGUGGGGGCAAGGGUCUCAUGUACCGAGGGAUUCUGGAUGCUCUGCUGCAGACAGCUCGAACGGAAGGCAUUUGGGGCAUGUACAAGGGCAUAGGGGCCUCCUACUUCCGCCUGGGUCCCCACACCAUCCUCUCCCUCUUCUUCUGGGACCAGCUGCGCUCCCUCUACUCCAAGUACACCAAAUAACGGCCACUCCUCUGCCUCCAACUUCUGCCUCUGUAAUUGGGUCCUGGAGACUUGUGACCUUUUGAUCCAUCGAGGGGGACAACCAGCCCCACUCCCAAUCUCUUCUCAGGGUUGAAUCACUGCAGGGAAUAGUUUCCCUCCCCUCCUCUUUGGGCGUCGUGGCUUCCCUAACCACCCUGAGUUCACUUUGCACCCCACUCUCAGGGCUGAACCAGUCACUCCAAAGUGUACUUCCUCCUCCCCCGCACUGCUGGCCCUGGGUCCCUCCUGCUCCCAUGCACUGCUUUAAAUGCCCCCCUCCCUCCAAGACCAAAGGGAAUUGGAGGGACCCAGAUGUCCUGUUAGAUUUAAAAGCACAAUGAUGAUAUUGAUUAUAAAUGAUAUUGAUUAUAAAGCAAGUUUAUUUCUGCAAAGUG